UUCUAGCAUUAUAUGUCGUCGAUCUCAAUGGAUAUUCCGACGUUUAAAAUCAAUGACAGCGAUCUGCAGAACUUGAUCAGUCUUAUUUACAAACAUGAAAAGCUUUUGAGCGAAUUCGGUGUGCUUAAAAUUCAGCCGACUAGCGACUGUAAAUUAGCUUUGAAGAAACAGAAAAAAAACAUAGCUUUAUGCGCGUGUAAGAAAACGAUCGAAAGAAUAAGUAAAAAUGAACCUGUGUACGUCGCACAAAAGUUUGAUUAUAUUCGCAAUUAUGCUCAACAAACUUCGUUGGUGACUGAUGAAUGCAGUUUCUGGUCCUCAUUAUCUUGUUCUAGCAAUGAACAACGAUUCGUAAACACUUCAGCAGUACCUAAUAAGAGUUUCUUUAGUGAGAAAACAUCUCGUUUAUAUUUUGAUAUUCAUCGUUUGCCACGUCAAUCACUUCUUAAACUCGCUGGUACUAAAGUGACACGUCAAUUCGCUCCACAUGUGAGAAGAGCAUAUGGGCCAGGUGCUAUAUUUCCAAUGACUUCUGCUCGGCAGCGUCUCUUUUCAAUUGAUUAUCAUCAUGAAGGUGGUGCUCAUCACUGGUACAUUAUUCCGAAUCGUGAACGAGAAGUUCUACAAAGAAUAAUUGAUCACUAUAAACCUGGUAUGUGUCUUAACCAUGGGCAGUUACUUAUUGAUCCUUCGAUACUAGACAAAAAUCAUAUUCGUUACCAUCGAGUUAUUCAACAUCCAGGCGAGUUUGUCGUUUUAUCAGCUGGUGCCCUGGUACAAAGUUUCACAGAAGAUGCCAGUUGGAGUGAGUCUAUUGCUUUUGCCUUACCUAGUUGGAUUGAAGAAGGUCAUGCAUGUGUUUCGGUUUCACGAUGUCAAUGUGAUAUUUCUCAAGACUUAUUACCAGAAAUUAUUGAUGCUAAUCUAUUUACACCCGAGCUUAUACAAAGAUACGUUACGUCGCAUCUCAAUUUUACCACUGAUGGUAAGUCCCCAACUUUGAAAGAUUCAUAA